UACGCCUACGUCGUUACGGAAUUGUUCCCUUGGACCAAGAAGCGUGGAAAAACUCGUCUCCUCUCGCGUUAACUUGGCUGCAAACGUUUCACGCUUUCGUGGAGGGGUACAGGUACGCUCCUCCUCCCGCGUACCCCGUACACGGAUUUUUACCCGAGCUUUUAGUGCGGUUCCGAGCGUCGCGACGUUCCAUUUGCAGUGUCGCGAGAGUGGUUGUUUUGUCACGUUUGUUUACCUCCUCUUUUUGUCGUCGUGAGAGGAACGAUGAACGAACUAACCGGUCAAUCAAACGCUUGCGAGGCAUCCUCUGUCGAGCAGAUUUGAUUUUUCACUGAGGGAUGAAAGUGAAAUAAUCCCUGUCGUGUUAACACGAUCAAGUCGAAUGAAAUUUUCUAUUGAUAAAUUGAACCGUGUUUGAUUUUAUUUCAUAAUUAAAAUCCGGGUGCGAGCAAAAGUGGGAUUGUGUUGAAAGAGCAACUAACAAGUAGAUCUAUUCUAGAACGUGUCAGCGAAGCGUAUCGACUCGUCUGGCGAGCGUCGAGCCGGCUACAGACGAUGAACCCCCGUGUUACGAAGGGUUAGAAGGUGCGAUCAGCCGCAGACCGAGGCUCUAGCCACUGGAACCGGUGUAACCUCGACUCCCAGGCUUCUCUGUUUCAAAAGAUCCAAGCGUCCGCGUCGCGUCGUCCGCGAAGCGGGGCCGACAACCGAGGGAGUCGGUCGUUCCCGGCUUUCUUUGCUAGCCCCUCGCCAGGAGCAACGGGAAAAAGAGGAGGAAACGGAGGGGGAAACGUGUCGGAUUAUCCGUAGCUGGCCGAUCGGACCUAGAAAGUCAGCUCUUCUAAGGUUUCCACGUCGACCAGAGGAAGCCAGGCCGUGGACUGCGCCGUCGAUCGGCAGAGUGAGACACAAAACAAGUUGUACACGCGCGUCGUCGCUCAUCCUCCGAAGAUUCAACCUCUCCUUCUCACCUAUCUACCCCUUCUUCGUGCGAGGAUGGAUCGAAACGAGAGCGCAAACGAGGGUGGAAGCUCGCCCGACACGGUGAUCGCGCGUUCUUCCGACGGGGAGGAGGAGGAAGAAGAAGAGGAAGAAGAGGAUCGUGGCAAGUACGGUUGCAGCACUUCUGGGGAAUACGUGACCGUCGGUGACAGUAGUUCCAGUCUGGACACCCUGACCAGUUCGGGCGCUACGGGAACAGCGCCCUCCGCGGGUACGACCACCGUGGAGGACAAGAAGAGGGGAAGAUUCGGCGCGCUUAAGAGCAGCUUCCGUAAAGAGGGUGGUUUGUUCAAGAUCAGGAAGAAGAAUAGGUCCAACGACGAGACGGUCGCCGAACUGGAGCCGGAUGUUGACGAGAAAGAAGGGGGGCGCAAACGGAGCCCGGAAGAGGAGAACGAACGCAAGGGUGGCUCGGUAACGGCCUUGAAGAAGAAGAAGAAAAAGUCUCACUCGUUGGUGCGCAAGCUGAGCUUGAACAAAUUUCGUUUGUCGACGGAACAAGAGCCAAGGCACACGCCCGAAGGUGGCGACAGCAGCCGAUCUCAGAGCCAAUCGUCGCAAGAAUCGCCUAGCCUCUCGGACAGCCCGUCCAGGAUCACGAGGAAGGGGCAGGAGAUCGAAAGGCUUGGCCAUCGGGACGGCUUCGAGGCUCUGAAAGAGAGGGAAAGAGAGAAGGGAGAGACUAGGAAAUCGGAGAAGCUGACGGUGAAACCGGUGAGCACCGUGACCGUAGUACAACGCAGGUCGCCGUCGUUGACCAUCAGGAGCUUUUCCAAGAACCAACCUGAUCUUCAGAUAGCAGAGAAGUUAUCCCAACAGGAAGCUCCGUGCAGCUCGACGCUUCCGUACGCCAUUUCCAAAUGGCCUGAGCAAAAGAGCGGGAAAUCGAGCAGUGAUUCUUCGAGAAAAACGAAAUUGAAUAUAAAAUCCGAGUCGGAAUCGGGGAUAUUGAAAUCAUCCCCUCACGAGGUCCGCCGGAAGUUGUCGUUACUGGAAGAGAAACGAGCCAUUUUCCAACGACGAUUGUUCGAGACCACUCGGGACUCGGAUUCAGGUGAAACCGUGAUCGCGGUCACUGUAGACGACGAAGAAAGAACGACAACCACGAAGAAGGAGGAGAAACGUGAAGAGGGUGUGAAAAAGAAAGCUAGACAUAUCAGCGUGAAGAAGUUUGAUACGUUCUCCACGUUCGAAGGUACAUUCGACGAGGAAACUGGGGUUGGUUACCUGGCCGGUACCGAAGAGGAUUACACCGAGAGCUACGAUAGACAGAACGACGGUUACGCGAGUGUUCCGACCGCCAUGGGACCCAUGGUGGGCAGCGACACCAUAGAGAAGGCAAAAAUCGCCAGUCAGGAUAGCAUGUCGUCACAGAACAAUGCGCCGAAUGCCGGAGUAGGCGAGAAACGAGAGCACUUGUAUAAAAUCCUGGUGAUCGGCGAGUUGGGAGCCGGAAAGACAUCCAUCAUUAAGAGAUACGUUCAUCAAUUCUUCUCUCAACAUUAUCGCGCAACGAUUGGCGUCGAUUUCGCGUUGAAAGUGUUGAACUGGGACCCACACACCAUCAUAAGGCUCCAAUUAUGGGAUAUCGCAGGUCAAGAAAGGUUUGGCAACAUGACCAGAGUGUACUACAAGGAAGCCGUGGGUGCUUUCAUAGUAUUCGACGUAACGAGAAGCGCAACCCUAGACGCGGUGGUGAAAUGGAAACAGGAUUUGGACUCGAAAGUGCAGCUUCCUGACGGUUCACCGAUUCCUUGUGUCCUCCUGGCUAACAAAUGCGAUCAGCAGAAAGAGGGUCUGGUGAAUUCGCCCACGAAAAUGGACGAGUAUUGCAAAGAGAAGAACUUUGCCGGAUGGUUCGAAACGUCUGCCAAGGAGAACAUAAACAUCGAGGAGGCAGCGCGAUUUCUCGUCAAUAAAAUACUCCAAAACGAUCAGCUGAUGAAGGGUAACGGUUCCCAGGACCAGACAGAUGGUGAAAGAUUCGCGUUGAACCAAUCACCCUCCAGCUCAAAGAAAUCCUGUUCUUGCUGACGAAUCGGUAAAUCACCGAUAGCAGGAUCAUCCGGUCCGUUAUCAUCCUUUCGUCGCCGUAUUACCGUCGGUGCCAUGACACGAAAGUCGCGUUCCAUUUGGUCCACAAAGGCCACCAUGUCUCAUCUUCAUGGGAAAAGAAUCGUUUAUUAUGCGAACGAUUGCGUUUUACGAUCGACCCGCUUCCUGAAUGUCUUUAACUCGUAUCCUCGUGAAUAGUAAUUGAUUUUGUAUCAAUUCUUAAAUUUGUCCAUUGUACAUACACGUGCUGCCUAGUUCACGAAGGGUUGCAUUUAGGGGAUGUUGAUUGGAAUGCUGAAGCUGGGAUGAGAAAGAGAUUUUUCUUUCAGUGUGGAAAAUUUAGAGUUACGGAUCACGCGAUAAGUUUUUCAUUUUUUUUUUUCUUUUCAUUUUCCUUUGCAGUAUUAAAUCUGUAAGGAAGAUUUCAUGGGAAUAAAGUUUGAUAGAUAUAGCGAGAGAGUAGUGUGGUAAAGUUUAAGGUUGAGAAUCACGCGAUAAAUUUAACAAAUUUUCCAUUUUUUCCCAAUUUUCUUUCACAGUAUUACUUCAGCAUUCCCGGGUCAAUGUUUUCCUACAAUUUUGUACUUAUCACUUUUGAAAAUAAUAGAACCAUUGCGAAACAACGAACGACGAGGGAAGUUCGAAAGUACACGAGGACCUUAAUCGAUAGUAGAUUGAAAGUAAACAUUGUUCAAGUCUUUCUACCUUCGUUGAGAUUAUCACUAAUGAUUCUUUGAUGCCAGAAAUACAUUCUAGAACACUGAUUCCACGUUUUGCUAUAUCUGUGCAAUAUUUCACGCGAAGUUUGAACUUCCAAUAGAAUGAUAUAAUUGCUGAUCUUUUUUAAGAUUUAUAAUCAUUCUCGUCUGGCAGCAAAGAAUUGAGGAAUGGAAAAUAAGCGGCAACAUUGAAAUUCUAUGAAAGAAUGAUAUAUUUUUAAUCGAUCAUUAUCGACACGUACAUUCCAUGAGAAAUAAAUCUUUUUUUAUGUGGAAUUUUAAUCAAGGAUGAAUGAAAAGCUAUACUAUAAGCUAUAGGUCAUUUGAUAUGCAAUAACUUAAUAAUUCCUUUCCAUUCCACGAUGCGAUUGAUGUAUCAUGGACACGGCUGUAAACUAAUGUUAACUAAUUUUAACCAAGACUACGUAAAGAAUAAAGAUAAAAAGAAAGAAGAGGGUAGCUAACAGGUAGCUGACUAUCGAUCGUACCUUUAUUAAUAAGUCUAGUUGUGUAAUCGAUUCUCUGACGAACAGAUCCGUCGAAACUGUUCAAUAAAAAAGACAAAAAUAUAUAUACCGAAAUGUUUUUUAUACAAAACUAACGCAAUUAUCAGUGUUAAGCAUACGAAUAACAACGAACUCAGCGAUUCACGUUUUUACACCACGAUUUUUGAACACUGAGGUGCCACGUGUUCGCCACAUGUUUUCGAUAUGGAGUACUUUUGUUCGUGCGUAUUCUGUAUAUUCUAUUUAUAAAUAUAUACAUAUAAGAAGCAUGUUAUAUAUAUAUAUAUAUAAUUUAUAGUAAAUCGAAUUGAGAUUUAAUAUAACGUUCAGUUGUGUCAAGCAUUUAA